CGCACGCAGACACAUUCUCCCUCUCUGCACUCUCCCUCUGUCUCCCUCUCUCUCUUUCUCUUUCACUUUUGCAUGCCCUGCAACCUUUUAAAAUGUUGGCCCUUCCCUGUGAUUCGCCAGACGCCGCGCCGCGGCCCCCCGCGCGCUCGCCCGCUCCCUCUCUCGCCCGCUUUUUGUCUCCGGCGCUCCCGCUCCCCACCUCCGAUUUGCUACACUGAGGCUCCCGUCAAUGGACUGCAUUGAGAGCCGGCUCCGCCGCGAGUUGCCUCUCCGCUUCACGCUCGAUUUCCAGGCAUUCUUCCCUUAUUAAGUAUUCGUGUAAUAUUAAUAGUCAUGAAUAUCUGCUAUUAGGAGGCUCCAGGAACGCUGCCCAGCGCGGUUAUUAGAAGCUCAAGCGAAGCCGCCGCUAAGAAAAGAGGGGAGACACGGAUUAAGGAACACAGGCGCGCGCGCACACACACACACAGACACACACACUUUUUCUUUUUGGGGGCUUUUCGUUUUCUAAGGAACUUUGAAUCAAAACCGAUCACGGCAGGAUAGAGACCGUGGGUUCGACCAGCUGAAGGCGCCGCUCGAAUCGGUGGUUCAAGUUCGGAUGGACCAGAGCGGGGCUACAGCGCUUGGGGGAGCGUCGGCGCGGUGACUGGAGUCCAGGGUGGCUCGGGGCUCCCGGCGCCUUUUGUGUGGGGCGCACUCGGGCGGCGGGGCAGCCGGUUUCUCCGGGCUUGCUUGUUUUUUUGUUUUGUUUUGUUUUGUUUUUUUCCACCCUGACUCGUUACCCCAGACUCUUCGCAGAUGUUAGUUCACAGUUUUUCAGCUAUGGACCGUCACGACGGCACCAGCAACGGGACGGCGCGGUUGCCCCAGCUGGGCACUGUAGGUCAAUCUCCCUACACGAGCGCCCCGCCGCUGUCCCAUACCCCCAAUGCCGACUUCCAGCCCCCCUACUUCCCCCCGCCCUAUCAGCCUAUCUACCCCCAGUCGCAAGAUCCUUACUCCCACGUCAACGACCCCUACAGCCUGAACCCCCUGCACGCCCAGCCGCAGCCGCAGCACCCGGGCUGGCCCGGCCAGAGGCAGAGCCAGGAGUCAGGGCUCCUGCACACGCACCGGGGGCUGCCCCACCAGCUGCCGGGCCUGGAUCCUCGCAGGGACUACCGACGGCACGAGGACCUCCUGCACGGCCCGCACGGGCUCGGCUCGGGACUCGGAGACCUCCCGAUCCACUCCUUACCUCACGCCAUCGAGGACGUCCCGCAUGUAGAAGACCCGGGUAUUAACAUCCCAGAUCAAACUGUAAUUAAGAAAGGCCCCGUGUCCCUGUCCAAGUCCAACAGCAACGCCGUCUCCGCCAUACCCAUUAAUAAAGACAACCUCUUCGGUGGCGUCGUGAAUCCCAACGAAGUCUUCUGUUCAGUUCCGGGUCGCCUCUCGCUCCUCAGCUCCACCUCGAAGUACAAGGUCACGGUGGCGGAAGUACAGCGGCGCCUCUCACCGCCGGAGUGUCUCAACGCAUCGCUGCUGGGUGGAGUGCUGCGGAGGGCGAAGUCUAAAAAUGGAGGAAGAUCUUUAAGAGAAAAACUGGACAAAAUAGGAUUAAAUCUGCCAGCAGGGAGACGUAAAGCUGCCAAUGUCACCCUGCUCACAUCACUAGUGGAGGGAGAAGCUGUCCAUCUAGCCAGGGACUUUGGGUACGUGUGCGAAACCGAAUUUCCUGCCAAAGCAGUAGCUGAAUUUCUCAACCGACAACAUUCCGAUCCCAAUGAGCAAGUGACAAGAAAAAACAUGCUUCUGGCUACAAAACAGAUAUGCAAAGAGUUCACCGACCUGCUGGCUCAGGACCGAUCUCCCCUGGGGAACUCCCGGCCCAAUCCCAUCCUAGAGCCUGGCAUCCAGAGCUGCUUGACCCACUUCAACCUCAUCUCCCACGGCUUUGGCAGCCCAGCUGUGUGCGCAGCGGUCACAGCCCUGCAGAACUAUCUCACCGAGGCCCUCAAGGCCAUGGACAAAAUGUACCUCAGCAACAACCCCAACAGCCACACGGACAACAGCGCCAAAAGCAGUGACAAAGAGGAGAAACACAGAAAGUGAGGCUCUCCUCCUGCUCUGCCCCCUCCCUUGUCUCACCAGCCCUCUUCCCUCCCCGAGAGCUCACCCACUCAGUCUUUCCCCACCAACCACCACCAGCAGGUGACAGCUCCGGGAUCAGCAACCCCCCCACUGCUGCUGCUGCUGCCACUGCUGCCGCUGCCGCCUCCAGUCCUCCAGUCUGGGAGUCUGGGGACGAGUCAGGCAGCCCCUGCUGACUCAGGCCCCUGCCUCAGCUUCCCCCAUCAGAACCAAGUCCCCUUUGCCCUCCUGUGGAGCCUAAGAGAACAGAACAGGCCGGCCGUGAAGCCAGCAAAGAAAAGUUCUGUCUGGAUUUGUGAACUUUUUAAAAAAAUAACUCCCCUCCCCCCACAAAUCAACGACAGCAACAACAACAACAACAAAAAUUUAAACUUUUUUCUAAAAAAAAGUAAAAUUUAAAAAAAUUAUAUGAGCUUAUAUGAGCUUCAUGGGACUGAAUCACCACCUUCCCUUACAAACUUCAGUUCAGAUUGUAGCCAUACUUAAAAAAAGGCAAAAGGAUAAUGACACUUUUAUCAGUAUUGUGAAUAAACUUGAACACAUAUACGAAGUUCCAUGUCAUGUCUCAGUUGUAGAAAUUUUUCCUCUUUAAGGUAAAGCAACCAACUUGAACUUUCUCUGGCAACACGAUUCAGUUAUAUAAGGGAAUCAGUGUUCAUGUCUAUGUAUAUAUUUAUUUAUGUGUAAUUUAAUGGGAAGUGUAAAUAUGGUGCAUCUGUUUUAAGCCUUUUUUUUUUUUUUUAAUUUAUCUGGUGAUCUUGUUUACCUCUUGUUUAGUGGGUUUUGAAUCUUCCCCAUUAGUUUUUCAUGUGGUUCAUGGUACUUAUUUAGAAAUUCAAGGUUUGGGGGAUUCUUUUUUUCCUCUGGGAUUCAUGAAUUUAGCAUGUUAAAGAUGACAAUGAAACAGCUGAACAAAUAAAAAACAAAGUAAAAAUUUAUAUACAAUUAGAAUUACAUUUAGCUUUUCACUGAACUGAAAGAAAAUUUGAUAUUGGACUCCAGAAAGAUUUUUAAACUUGAGUGGUUUCAUAACCCUUUAAUGUAUUGUGAGGAGGGGAAAAAGUUAAUUUUAUUCCACUCUCCUCCCUUAAAAGCAUCAUUUGAGCAAUAAAUGAGUAUUGUCUUUAAACCAAGGGUUAGGGAUUUUCCCUCUCUUUCUCUCUUUUUGUUCCAAGAACUUCAAACAUUUGGGACCACCUGGUAUUCUGUAUUUUCAGUGGCCAUUUUGGAAGCAGUUCUGGUUGUAUUGUAUUGAGUUGUGCUGGCAGUAGUUUCCAUGCCUGUCAAUGUAUCAUAGUCCUUUGUUGCCCAGAUAAAUAAAUAUUUGAUACGCUUUAUGUCGAUUUUUUUUUAUUCAGUGGCUGUCUUUACCCAGGCGUAUUUUUGUUCUUGGCAGUAUUUUUUAUUCAGUAUGGUUACAGUAAUUGAGUUUAACUCUCCCUUGGCAAUUGCUCCUUGCAAUAAGCAGCUGAACCCAUUGUUUCCCUCAAGUAUAAUAAAAACUUACUUUCAACUUGGAGUUCAGAGCAGGGUAUCAUUUAGAUAUUCCACUGAGUCUGUAUUCAGACAAAUGACACAAUAAAACCCAAUGUAUUCUUUUGGAUAAAAAAUUGUUUGUACCGCUAAAGGA